AAUGUCACCAACCUCCAUUCUCCGUCUCACAUCGAGACAAUGCCUCCGAACUCAAGCUCGGUCGAUUAGACCUCAAGUCCAAGGAAUUCGUCCAUUCUCUCGAACCACUUUAGCAGCAUAUCCGCGGAAGGGAAGUGAGGAUAAAGACAGCAUCAACACCGAAGCAACAGAAUAUUCUAAGUCAGGAACAGACGACGCAUCUGCAAAGCAAGAAGAAGCUGCUUUCGACCCAAAUACGACUGAUCCAAAACAAGAAAAGAAAGUGGCUGGAGAAGGAGAGGAUGGAAAUCCCCUAGAAGUAUCGCCAGCCAAUCCAGAAGUCUCAAAACCAAGAGGAGAGCAGGAAGGAGGAGCUCAGAAUGCCGAGAAGAACAAGUCGAGUGGAGGAGGAAGUCUUAACAAAGCUGGGAAGGCAUAG